AGCUGCGGCGCGCGGGGCUGGGACCGGUCUGGCCGAGCGCGCGGGCGCCGGGGCCGCAGACAAAGGCGCCGCUCGCGCGCGGGGGAGCCCUGCACCCAGCAGGAGGGCUGGCUGGCUGGGGAAUGCGAAGCCUGGCAUCCUGAGUGGCAGCGUUUCAGCUGGCUGGACAGAUCAAAUAACACUCGGGCUGGUUAACAAAAGCCUCACCAGUGGGAAGGUGUUGGAAGCUGGAGUGUGGAAAUUUACCCAACGUUAUUUCUUUGACAUCGAAGGAGACUCGCCCUGAAGGAUGCCAGGUCUCUGCGUCGACACUGAGUCCAGCAGGUCCUUUUCUCAUUCGCUGUGGCAUGGAGGAAGGGGUGGCAGAGGAUGCUGAGUCCUCUGAAGUGCGGAGGAUCCUGGCCUGGCCUCUGAGCUCCCCCUUGACUGGGCCCUUCAGGUGACACCUCAGAUGUGAGAUCUCAGGAAAGGGACUUGGUUUCCUCCAGCUUUCUUCACCAAAGCCUCGCUGGCUGGUUUGGGUUUUAGAAUCUACAAGGACCUGGCAGAGGUGGAAGAAGCCUCGGAAAGUUCCAGAACUUGGGGAUCGGAUCCCUUCCUUCUGUUGGGGAGACAGAGCAGCUACUGAGCUGUGAAUCCUGUAGACCAGCCGAGCUGAGCUGUUCUUCCUCAGACAAGAAGCACAGUGGGGCCCCAGCUUUGUCCUAUAGCUGUGGGGACCUCCUAGGACCCACAGUUCUAGUGUUUCUGUCUCUUCACCUGGUGGCCCAUGAAGAUUGGAAUCUUGGCUUCAUGUCCCUAAGGAGACUCGGUUUCUUUUUCCCAGAGGUGGUCUUGGAAGGAAACAUGAGAUAUUUGCAGCUUGCAGGGACUCUUGGGCUAUGUAGGAGUUGGGGGUCCGGCCUUCAACAGCAGGUCCAGAAAACAAUCUGAGACUCCAGCUUCUGCAACUCAGCAGGUCUUGAGCCCAGCCCCUUCAUCCUCUAGGAAGCUAGUGACACAGAAGAAAGAGCCUCCCUUGGCUUCAUUGGGACUUGGCAGAAUGCAGUGCACUGGGGAAGCUGCCGGCUGCCCCUUCAUACCCCAGACAGCCCCUGAGCACUGAGCCAACCAUGGCUGAGAAGGGUGACUGCCUUGCCAGCAUGUACGGGUAUGACCUCGGGGGGCGCUUCACUGACUUUCAACCUCUAGGCUUCGGCGUCAAUGGGCUGGUGCUGUCUGCGGUGGACCGAAGAACCUGCAGGAAGGUGGCCGUGAAGAAGAUCACCCUGGGUGAUGCCCGCAGCAUGAAGCACGCGCUCAGGGAGAUCAAGAUCAUCAGGCGCCUGGACCAUGACAACAUUGUAAAGGUGUAUGAGGUGCUGGGGCCCCAGGGCACUGAGCUACAGGGUGAACUCUUCAAGUUCAGCAUGGCCUACAUCGUGCAGGAGUACAUGGAGACCGACCUGGCACGCCUGCUGGAGCAGGGCACACUCACCGAGGAGCAUGCCAAGCUCUUCAUGUACCAGCUGCUCCGAGGCCUCAAGUACAUCCACUCGGCCAACGUGCUGCAUCGAGACCUCAAGCCGGCCAACAUCUUCAUUAGCACCGAGGACCUGGUGCUCAAGAUCGGGGACUUCGGGCUGGCCAGGAUCGUGGACCAGCACUAUUCACACAAGGGGUAUCUGUCAGAAGGGCUGGUAACAAAGUGGUACCGCUCGCCACGCCUGCUGCUGUCACCAAACAACUACACCAAAGCCAUCGACAUGUGGGCAGCCGGUUGCAUCCUGGCCGAGAUGCUCACCGGGAGAAUGCUCUUUGCGGGGGCUCACGAGCUGGAGCAGAUGCAGCUCAUCCUGGAGACCAUCCCCGUGAUCCGGGAGGAAGACAAGGACGAACUGCUGCGGGUCAUGCCCUGCUUUGUCAGCAGCACCUGGGAGGUGAAGCGGCCCCUGCGCAAGCUGCUGCCUGAGGUCAACAGUGAAGCCAUCGACUUUCUGGAGAAGAUCCUGACCUUCAACCCCAUGGACCGCCUGACGGCCGAGAUGGGGCUGCAGCACCCUUACAUGAGCCCAUACUCAUGCCCUGAAGAUGAGCCCACCUCGCAGCACCCCUUCCGCAUCGAGGAUGAGAUCGAUGACAUCCUGCUGAUGGCCACCAGCCAGAGCCAGCUCUCCCACUGGGACAGGUACCCGGUGAGUCUGUCGUCGGACCUGGAGUGGCGGCCGGACCGGUGCCCCGAUGCCAGCGAGGUGCAACGGGACCCACGGGCUGGCUCUGUGCCGCUGGCCGAGGACGUGCAGGUGGACCCGCGCAAGGACUCGCACAGCAGCUCGGAGCGCUUCCUCGAGCAGUCGCACUCGUCCAUGGAGCGCGCGUUCGAGGCCGACUACGGCCGCUCGUGCGACUACAAGGUGGGCUCGCCGUCCUACCUGGACAAGCUGCUGUGGCGCGACAGCAAGCCGCACCACUACUCGGAGCCCAAGCUCAUCCUCGACCUGUCGCACUGGAAGCAGACGGCGGCCGUGGGCAGCGCCGAGCCAGGGGCGCGCGGCCAGGAGGAGCCGGCCAGCCUCUUCUUGGAGAUCGCGCAGUGGGUCCAGAGCACGCAGGGUGGCCCCGAGCGCGCUAGUCCACCUCCGGACGAUCCUGGGCAUCACCACCACCUGUCUGCCUCCCCACCCGGCCGCCUGGCCCCCCAGGACGGCAGCACCAGCCCCCAGUUCGACCUGGACGUCUUCAUCUCGCGCGCCCUGAAGCUUUGCACCAAGCCCGAGGACCUGCCGGACACUAAGCUGGGCGACCUCAAUGGCUCCUGCAUCACCGAGCACCCGGGCGACCUGGUGCAGGCCGAGGCCUUCUCCAAAGAAAGGUGGUGAGGACCCAGGGCGUGUCUGGGCCCCCCCCACGCUGUCCUCCAUCCAAGCCAGCAGGACUCCACCCCGGGAAAGACAAGACAAGACAAGCCGGGUCUGGCAGUGGAGGGCAUCACUCUGGCCCCUCCACCAUCCCAUCCUUCCCCCCCUCUCUGGCGGCCCUGGGCUCAGCAGAAAUGUAGGCAUCAUCCGAGGAGCCAGAGGGGAAUGUUCGUCUCUUAAUCUGCCUUAAUAACUAGCCUUUAACCUCUGGGAGGAGUGAGUCUGAACAGGAGCCUAGUUUAGGGGGCGCUGGAGACGUUUGGAUGUGCAGCAAAGAGGAAGCCUAUGCGAUUUGAGGUG